AUGCCUCCCAAGUUUUCCAACUCGUCUGGCAAGCCUGACAAGGGCAAAGCCCCGGCUCGAAACCCAAACGACAUCCUGAGCUCCGCGCAGUUCAAGUGCUCCGUCGGCAAGGAAUACAAGCCUGCCAGCAGUUUCUCCAAGCGGGAGUGGAACGUCUUUGAGCACAAGGUCAAACGAGGCAUGAAGGUAUCCAUCCACAACACUGGCAUGACCUGCCGAGAGCACAAGGGUGAGCCCUCCCUGGAGUAUCGUUGCCAGGGUCCUUGCGACAAGGUGAAGCCCAUCUCCGAGUUUAGCAAGAACGGCCGCACCAAUGGUGUCUACCUUUCCCAGGAGAACGAGGCGAACGUCGAGGUUGCCAAGGAAGAUGCAGCCGCCCCCGACACGCACGGAAGUAACCAAUCCGUAGCCUUCAGCCGUACGCAGUCUCACGCCGCUUCCGUUCUUGGUUCGAUCGACACCGACGCCGAGUCGUCUAUCGGCGGUGUUCAUCUCGACCAAAGGAGCCAGGUUAGCCUGGGUCUGCCUCCCCACCUCAUCUUGAGCUCCAAGGAGGGAAGCGUCGUGACCUCUUCCUACGCCCCAUCCGAGACGGAUAACGGCUCCAUCGCUCCCGGCGACUCUUCCUCCCAGAUUGGUCGAGGCUUCAUGCCUCCCCACAUUGCUCGGGCGGGGGGUCGCCAGUCGAGCAUCGUGAGCGGUUCGUCCCGCCGUGUCGAUGAUUGGGAUUUUUCCGGUCGACAGGCCCGACAGCCCCAGGCUAUCGAGGAAGACCCCUUCGAGGAGGACGACGACGACCAGGAGAGCAUCGCGAGCAGGAGCACUAUGCUUCUCAGUAGCCGGGCGUCCAAUGCUUCCGAUGUCAACGUCAACGAGUUCCUUGUUGACGCCCCCGCUCCUCGCGUUUCUAGGAAGGAGACCGCGGCUCCCAGGACCACCAGUUCGAAGUGGGCCAAGCCUCGUCGUAAGGUCGAGCCCGCUCCUCUUCCCACCCUUGAAGACUUUGAGCGACCUCCCCAGUACGAUGACGACGACUCUGAGACCGAGCUCCCUUGA